AUGUCUUGGAAAAUUUCUUAUUUUAUGAUAGUCUUCCUCCUUUUUUCAAUCCCAUCCUCCAUAUCUCAAUCUCAGACCUUCAAACCUCAGGAGCAAGCUUUCAAAUUCCUUCAAAAUCUAAAGGAAGUCCACAAGGGCCAAACUGUCGUUGGCCUUGAUGAAGUGAAAAAAUUUCUCAUUAGAUUUGGAUAUUAUCCAAACUCUUAUGAUACCCGUCAUCUAAAUAAUUAUUUUGACGAUCAAUUAAAGUUUGCUCUUAAGAAAUAUCAAAAAUUUUUCCGUCUCAAUAUUACUGGAAGUCUCGGCUCUGAAACUAUACAAAAGAUGAUGAUUCCGCGAUGUGGAGUACCUGAUAUCACCGAUUUUACAUCCUUAAACCAGUCUAGAGACUCUAUCAUUGGUCCUCUUUAUGCAUUUCCAGCAGGUAUGCCAAAAUGGAACAAGUUCAAUCUCACUUAUGUGUUCCUCCCCAAUGUACCCAAUUCUAAAGAUGUGAGGGCUGCAUUUGCACAAGCUUUUGUAAAUUGGCAGAUUGGAUCCCCGUUCCGUUUCCACGAAGCAGCUGCUGGUGAAAUACAAGAUCUUCAUAUUGGCUUUUACACUGGUGAUCACGGAGAUGGCUCACCUUUUGAUGGACCUGGUAAUGUUUUGGCUCAUUCUUUCUAUCCAAGUGAUGGAAGGACGCAUUAUGAUGCUACUGAAAAUUGGAGUACUAAUCCUGCUAGUAACCAAGUGGACGUGGAAUCUGUUGCUGUUCAUGAAAUUGGUCACCUUUUGGGUCUUGCACAUAGCCAGGAUCCCAAGGCUGUUAUGUAUCCUACAAUUCAAUAUGGGGUUAUUAAAAGAGUUCUUAGUCCAGAUGAUGUUCAAGGCAUACAAACUCUAUACCCUAAACCCUAA